AUGUAUGCAGCGAUGUACAGACCUGUGAAGCCUGUUACCUCUACUCUUCUAGAUACGGCUCAGAAAUACGUUACGUUUGACGAUGACCACGAUGACGUCGCAUUAUCUACCGCGUUGAUAUCCCUUCAAUCGAGACCUGAUAUCCGCGGCCUAAUUGAUUUCGCUCGAAAAUAUUCACCUUAUUACGGCUCACUUUACUCGAACAUUCCGAUGAAUGUUUCAUCUCUGCAAGACUACCCAAUUAUUGAUCUCGAUUCAUAUUGGAAGGCAAACGAGUGCAAAAAUUCUCAGGUCCUUACUAUGCCACUCUCAGGUGGCAUAGUUUGGAAGACAGGAGGAACCGUCGGCCAUCCCAAAAUAACUUUCAUUUCCCAAGGCGAGCUACAAAGCAUCAGCAGCCAACUGGGUCGAGCAAUCAUUGAAGCUGGUCUACUUUCGGCGGAUCGCAUCGCAAACCUCUUCUAUGCCGGAGACCUUUAUGGCAGCUUCUUAUUGCAUGUUCUGUCAAUUCAAGAUCUUUCUGUCCCAUCAGUCCAUAUUCCCAUUGGUGGAUCCUGUGAUCCGUCCGCCACGAUCCAGUACAUGAAGGAACUCGAUGCAACUGUAAUUUUCGGCACUGUCACGAAGGUGGUGCAACUCGCACAACAUCUACUAGAACAAAAGGAGACCAUGGACCAAAUCCGCACAUUCAUGUUUGCUGGAGAAGCUUUUUUUCACGAUCAAAGAACGGUGGUGCAGGCUGCCUUUCCAUUAGCACGUAUACGCUCAUUAGUAUACGGUAGCAUGGACUCGGGGGUUAUGGGAUAUUCAGCAUCCGACACUGACUGGCGUUUGCAUCGAGUGAAUCGUCCGUUUGUCGAACUUGAAAUAUGUCCAGACAGCGCCGACACAGUCCCUACCACGAAGCCAAUGGUUCCCGGCCGCCUCCUUGUGACGAAUCUCAGCCGCCGGCUUCAGCCAGUAAUUCGAUAUCCAUGCGGGGAUCGUGCGGAAUGGGUAGAUCAAUCUGAGGGACUAUUUAGAGUCCUAGGGCGUCAUAGCGAGUCAGCACGCAUCGGCCCUGUCUCCUUAGACGUUUCUCAUGUCCGCGAGAUCAUUGAUCAGGCUCUCCCGGGCGCAUCCAUUGCCGGAAUCCAGCUCGUCUUAAAUCGUGUAGACUCGUUGGACUCAUUGACUAUCCGUAUUGGAUACCGUCCACCAGAUCUAGUGGAAGCAACUAAGGCAGUUGUUGCCAAGCUCAAGGACCAAAGGCCAAUGUUUCAACAGCACGUUGAUCUGAAGUUAAUUUGUCCUUUACAAGUAGAAUUUGUGGAUGCUAAAGAUUUGACAUUGAAUGCACGAACUGGAAAGUCUGUGGGUUUAAUAGAUCAGCGGUCUACAGAGGACGGGGCUAAAAUUUGUUGCUAG